AUGGUUAUAACUCAGUGCUUAGAUGUUCAUUUGACAAAUGUUGCCGUCCAGAAAAAUGCCCCCGAUUACGACCCUGACAAGGGAUGUAAAUGGUCCACCCAACAAUUACGGAAGUACCUCGCCGCCAAGCACGGCGUGGAGGCCGUCAAAAAAGCAUUUAAAGGGAUUGACAACAUCAUCAUCAAAUCAUUACAAAGUGUUCAAAAAAUCAUCAUUAACGAUAAACAUUGUUUCGAGAUGUAUGGUUAUGAUGUUUUGUUUGAUUCUGAUCUUAAACCGUGGUUAAUAGAAAUAAAUGCCUCACCCUCGCUCACAGCCAGUGGAAAAGAAGAUUAUGACCUUAAAUUUGGACUCUUAAAUGACCUUCUAAAUGUUCUUGACCUUGAGAACCGACUGACAGGUAAAGAAAAGCGGAUAGGGGGCUGGGACUUGUUGUGGGAGGAUGGACCCAUUUUGGCCGACGACGGAAACAUGGAGUGUACUCCAAACGGGACAACAGCGUCCAUUCCCAACUCAUUUCUAGGUUGCCAUAACGAUAGAAAGAGACAGCUGAGGGAAUUGUACACGGCUGCCCAGUCCAUUAAGAAGUCGUGACACGAUAAAUAACAGCUACUGCUAAAUAUAAAAUAUACCCAGGGACUGUCCUGUGAUUUUAUAUACAAGACUAUAUGUGUGAAACAUUUCAGCUUCCACUUGUCCAGUAAGGAUUGCCUACGUUUAAAAUUCAUGAAGGCUUGCUCAGUAUGAUGGAACCCCCCCUCCCAAAGAUUGAAAUCUUAAAAAUAAAAAAAAAACCUGCAAUAUUUUACCAUAACUAAAAUUAAAAGCAAUAAGUGCAUAUAUUGUGCCUUCUUGAAACUGCGUUAACAUUCAGACUUGUAUUCACAUGUAUUGUCAUUAAA